AUGCACUUCGUGCGCAGCAAUCCGAUGCCGGUCGCCGAUCAUUUUCUCGCGCCGCUGGGACGGGACCGCGGCGGCGGCGGCCCCGGGACGACCGAAGCGUCCGCGGGCGCCGAUCGGCCGGCGCUCGGCGAGGUGUGCGAGACUUGCCUGGCCUAUUGCUCCGACAAAGCGGACCUGUGGCGGCACGCGCGCCGCGACCACGGCGCCGACCCGGCGCUCGCGUGCCGGGUGCCCGGCUGCGGCAAGCGGUUUUUCGCGGCGGCGAUGAGCGCGGCCCACGCGGCCCAUCACCGACUGCGCGCGGACGACGCGGUGCCCCUGACCUGCGAGCUGUGCGGCUGCCUCCGGCAAAACAUCCCGACGUUCCGGAAGCACAUGGUCACCGCGCACCCCGAAGCCGCGGGCGCGUUUUGCGGCGUGUGCGGUUCGUACGUGGCGGACGUGCCGUCGCUCGUCGACCACGUCCGUCGGCGUCACGGCGAGACGCCCGGGGCCCGGAACGUCAUACGCUGCGACGUGUGCGGGCAACAGUACGGGAAUUACCGAAUCAUGCACGAGCACCGGACGGUGCACGGACUCGUCGACACCGGACUCGUCCGCCGUUCCCCGAAGGGUCGCGCGAGCGUCCCGCGGCCGUACUGA